AAAACGGCGCAAUACGAACGACAAUACGACAGAGAAGUCAAACUUCGGAACCUGGCUGAAGCAACCGAACUCACAAUUCAGUUGGUAGCUACUACUAGCUUGCCAUGGCUACAACCACCGUGAAACCGCUUCUCUCACCGUCGCUAUUACUUCUAUUAUUACAGUCACUACUUUCAAUCGCUCUCGCUUACAAACCUGGCGACAUCGUUCCCAUGAGCCGCAUGGGUCAAUACCACUCCUCGAGAACCGUGUGGCAGGACCUCAUUGGCCGUCAUUGCCCCAUAUUCGCAGUGAAUCGUGAGGUGUUGAUCCCUAUACCCAAGCCCACGGGUUACACUGGUGCUGAUCCUUAUAAAAUAUCAUUUCAAGUUGGAAGGGAGAAGUUUUAUAUCCCAUGGCUUCUAGUCGUAAAUCGGAAAAGUACAGAGGUUCCAUUGAUUGAUAUAGAACUGAAAUAUUCAGGAACUGAUUUGCUUGGUGUUACAGCAAAAGUUGUGGAUAUGCCACAUCACUAUGUUGAAGUACAUCCAAAGAUUGGUAAGGAAUUUUGGGAUGCUCAGCAUUGGCCAAAGCAUAUACUUGCCCGAUACACAUGGAAGGAACAUUCCGAGAUAGAUGUAACUUCAGGAUUUUUUGUUCUCUUUGGUUCAGGGCUCUUGCUGUCUUUCAUCCUCUCAAUCUAUGUAUUGCAAUCUUCACGUGACAAAUUGGAAAGAUUUGUAAGGGAAACGGUUGUAGAAAGCAGCAUUCCUGUUGGAGAGAUAGCAAAAGUUGAAUGAUGCAUACCGAAUUUCAUUAAUACAAUCAGUACAUUGUAAUGUAUUAAUGAAAUUAACGAGUUCAGUUGGAGGUGGAGAGUUGUUCUUGCACUCAGCUAUUAACCAGUCAUUUCUGUUCUUGAUGGAGGUGAGUGCGAAUUGGAGUAGAUUAAUUUUAUCAAGGACAAUAGCUGUGGAGUGAGUAGGAGAAAAUGUUGACAUUGAAUAUAUCUCAAUUCAUAUGAAAGGCUGGAUUUGUAAAACGCUUAAAAGUCUAUAAAAGAAAAAAAAAUCAAAACAUAGUAUAUUAGUUAAAGUUUAAUCUCUUUCAUUAUUGAA